AUGGUGGCGGACUCACACCGCGCCUCUGAUCGCUCGAAUGAUCGCCGCGCACGUCGAUCUCGUCGUUCACGUAGUCGCUCAACGUCUAAUUCUCGCCCUCGUCGAUCCUCCCAUCAUCGCUCUUCGAAACGACGUAGUGUGAGUCGCAGCCACAGCCGAGAGCGGUCGCGACGUUCCAGUCGCCACCGGCACAGUCAUCGUCGUGCACGGUCGCGCUCAAGAGACCACCACAAGCGCCGUCGUCAUAGUAGCAAGGAAAAGAAAGGAAAACGUCGCUCGCACUCUGGUGAGCGUCACAAGAAGCAUCACCGCAGUAGUGAUGAAAAGAGAAUCAAGCACUCAUCGCCUCUGAAGGUCAAAGCAGCAUCUAAAGCGGACGAGAAACAUCAGAACGACAAAAACGUCACUGUAUUGACUUCCACUCAAUUAUCAAAAUCUAAGGUCGUUGAGGUAAGAAAAAACGCGAAAAAAGCGGAGGAUAAAUCAAUGGAUGAUAAAUCAACGGAUAAGGAACGUUCAAUAGAUAAAUUGGAAUCUCAGCAGAAGAUGACGUUGACUCAAACAGUUUCUCAGACUACGGUACUGAAUAGCAAGAACUCGGGAUCUCCUUAUGUUGAAGAAACGCAGGCAGUUAAAUUGAUUGAUGCGAUUUCUAUCAUCAAGCCAGAACCAACAACGCCCAAGCCAGCAGUUGAUGUUCAAUCGAUUAAAGCGGAUAUUCUUAAAGCACUUGCAGAUGCAAGAAGUACUAUUGCAGUAAUCAAGAAAAAUGGAGCAAGUUCGUCCGUUGUUACUACUCCAACGACUUCUGUUGUGAUCGAGUCAAAGGAAGUGGAAGUUCCGGUGAAAGUAUCAAAAGAGCAGCUAUCAGAAGUAAUAGCGUCACCAAAAGAAACAAUUUUGUCGCCUGUGAAGCGUGUUUUUGCUACUGAUAAUUUUGACAUGUUUUCCAUGGCAGCUUUGGAUGAGCACGCAGUUAGUAUGAAUUGCGAGGACGUUGCUUCUGUAACGGUUAACGAGGUGGCUCUUCAGUCGAACUGCGAUGAUGCUGAAGGGUAUUAUAACGCAAUAAUUGGUGAGAUACUUGAUGGCAAGUAUCGUGUGCUUGGUGUCGUGGGAAAAGGUGUCUUUUCUACAGUUUUACGCUGUCAAUGUAUUACUCCGUUAAAGUUUGGAAAUAACAAGUCAUCGCUUAAUGUCGUUGCAAUUAAACUCAUUCGAAACCAUGAUGUGAUGCGUGAUGCGGCGCAAACUGAAUUAAGGCUACUCAAGGAACUAGGUGAGCGAGACCUAGGGGAUAAAAAGCAUUGUAUCAAAUUAUUUGACUCGUUUACACAUCGGAACCAUGUUGCACUGGUUUUUGAGCCAAUGGAGAUGAACGUUCGUGAAGCCAUGAAAAAAUUUGGUGGCAAAGGGGGUAUUUCAAUCCAAGCUGUUCGUGUGUUUAGUAAGCAUUUGCUUAUUGCAUUGAAUCAUCUCGAGUCGUGCUGUAUUAUUCAUGCAGAUAUUAAACCAGACAAUAUGUUGCUCGAUGCGAAGCAAACAACUAUCAAAUUAUGCGACUUUGGGUCUGCAUUCAAGAUGGACGAAGGAAAGCAAGACCCGACGCCGUACUUGGUUAGUCGAUUUUAUCGUGCGCCCGAGAUCGUGUUAGGCCUCACCUAUGACAAAGCGGUAGAUAUGUGGUCUGUCGGUUGUUGUUUGUACGAGAUGUUCACUGGCAAAGUUCUGUUUCCAGGGAGCACGAAUAACGAGUUGCUCAAAUUUUUUAUGGAGCUUAAGGGCAAGAUUCCGAACAAGUUGAUAAAGAAACAUCGUCAAGCUUACAUAGAGCAAUUUGGGAUGGAACCGCAUUUUACUGAAGAUCUCAAAUUUUGCAGUCGAGAAAGCGAUCGUAUCACAGGUAAACCUCUUCUGCGCUUUAUGGACACAAUGAAGAUCAAAAAUGAUCUUGGAAAUAAUUUACUGGCUGCAAAGAGUACCACAGACGACCGGAAGCAUGUUCUGGAGCUACGCAACUUGCUGGAUAAAAUGUUUAUGCUGGACCCUAUGAAGCGUAUCUCUGUAAAGGAGGCACUUGCACACCCGUUUGUGAGAGGGUCGUUGGCGAGCACCUCGUAA